AUGCUCAAGCGGAGACUGAUGGGCAUCUUCUGCUCCAACCCCAACAAAGAAGACAACCUUCCGCUGGGCGACUGUGGAAAUGAAAACCAUAACAGGCGGAAUCCCUCCAGGCUCGUCAAGAAGCCUAGCACCAGCUCCCACCAGUAUUACACACGCGCCUCUAUGUCCAUCGACGGCCGCGACAUGGAAGCCGACUCCGUCAUGGUCGACGCGCAGGAGGCCGUCAUCAACAAGCGCCUCUACAACGCCGAGCACAAGGGCUCUGCGUUCCAGACAAAGACCGUCCUCGACAGGCGCACGCGCCAUGGCCGGAGGAGUACGAGUUUUGCCGAUGUUGACGACUACGAGGCGCAGAGAACACAGUUGCAGACGCGCGAAAAGGCCUUGGCUUAUGACUUUCGCCUCGAAUCGCAGGCGAAAGAAGGAGGGAAGGAAAUGACCGUCAACAGAAUCAUCCAGGUGCUCAAGGUCAAGGAUCGCGAGCUCUUUGAACAGAAGCCGCCGCGACACGGCUACGGGGACCAGGAGCAUGCCCGAUUUCCGGGCGAUCACUUCUUGUCCAAUGUCGACAUCAUCAACCAGACGCACCUGCUCAAGGUUGCGCAGUGGAUGCCCAAGGGUGCCCACCUGCACAUUCACUUCAACUCGUGCUUGCUCCCCGGCGUUCUCCUGAGCAUUGCAAAGACGAUGGACCGCAUGUUCAUCAGGAGCAGUGUGCCCCUCGUGAGGGCAAAUGACCCCCAUGCGUUCGAGCGAUGUGAGAUCCAAUUCUCGAUUCGGGGACAAGAUAUGAACACCCCCGGCGAUAUCUUUUCCUCCGACUACGAACCAACGCAGGAGAUGCAUUUCACGGAAUUCCUCAACAUCUUUCCCAAGCACGCUGGUUUCGACCCCAUGCCUUGGCUGGAAGAGAAGCUCAUGUUUACCGACGAAGAGGCUCACGGCAAGUGUCAGACCGUCCUCGGAGCCUGGAGUAAAUUCAACGGUCGCACACGCAUGAUGAAGGGGCUCUUCAACUACGAGACGGCUUAUCGGAAGUAUACCCGCCUCUUGCUGGAAGAUUUCGUCCGGGACAAUAUCCAGUACGCCGAGAUCCGACCGAACUUUAUGACGACGAACCAAGUAUGGCUCGACGAUGGCUCGAAGCAGGUCGAGAACCAGGAGAUCGUCAAGAUGAUCAUUGACGAGUACGAAAAGUUUCAAAGGAAGAACAAGGGCUACUUUGGCGGCAUGAAGAUUAUCUACUGCACCCCGCGCUCGUUCACGAAUGACCAGGUCCGGAAGGCCCUCGGGGAGUGCCUCGAGUUCAAGGGCCGGUGGCCCGAGUGGAUAGCGGGCUUCGACCUCGUAGGCGAAGAGGGCCAGGGCCGGCCCCUCCGCGAAUUCGUCCCCGAGUUUCUCGAAUUCCGCACCCGCUGUGACGCGGCUGGACACACGAUCCCCUUCCUCUUCCACUGCGGUGAGACGCUCGAGAUGGGCAACGACACGGACGGCAACCUGCUCGACGCGCUGCUCCUCAACUCGCGUCGCAUAGGCCACGGCUUUGCGCUGGCGCGCCACCCCUACGUCAUGGAGCAGAUGAAGCUCCGUGGCGUCUGCCUCGAGGUGUGCCCCAUCUCCAACGAGGUAUUGGGCCUGACGCCGCGGAUGAACGGCCACUCGAUUUAUAACCUACUGGCCAACGACGUGCAUUGCACCAUCAGCUCGGACAACGGGACGCUCUUCAGAUCAACCCUCUCUCACGACUUUUAUCAGUUCAUGGUCGGCAGGCAAGACACGAGCCUCUUCGGCUGGAAGCAGCUCAUCCAGUGGAGCAUCAAGCAUGCGUGCAUGGAGGACAAGCAGAGAAACAAGGUGACAGCCGUGUGGGAAGGUCUGUGGGAGACAUUCUUGGACAAGGUGAUUGACCAGUACUCUGAUCUGAUCGGAGACGACCUGUAA